AUGAACUACACAGAAGCCAGCUCCUCUACCCAAACCAAUGUACUCAACAAUGACUACUAUCAGUGCAACAUGGAAAACUGGCUGACUACGCAGCAAAACAGUGAGAUGAUUGUUGCUGAAAACCAGCUGUUUCACCCCAAGAACACAACUCAUACAUAUCUAGCAAAGCAGAAAGAGUGGAUGUUCAACCUAUACCAAGAGUUUGAAGCACAACUUUCUGGUGCCAUUGGUGAAUCAACCAAGAAGUUUCAAGUGAGUGAUCAUAUUCAAGUUGUUGCACCAGAGAUAGCUGCUGCUAUGCAAGCCCAAAACCAAUUUGAAUUUGCAAAUGCCAGAAGUGUAGGCCUAGAGACUAGAAAUGUACUAGUUGAAACCUUUUUACAAGCCUCGUUUUAUCUUUGCAAUGAUCCUUCUCAAAUCUGA